AUGGCCAACUUCAAGCUCUUCCUUGCGCUUGCCACCGUCCUGUCUGGACAGGCUCUGGCUGCGCCCACCGCUACCUCCAACGUGAAGCGUGCUUCCGCUGACGACGUUGCCUUCGGUUACGCCAGCCAGAACGGCGGCACCACCGGUGGUGCCGGCGGUACUACCACCACCGUCUCUUCGUACGCCGAGUUCACCGCCGCCGCUAAGGGUGACGAGAAGAAGGUCAUCUACGUCGACGGCACCAUCAAGGAGAGCGCCAAGCAGGUCAAGGUCGGCUCCAACACCUCCAUCAUCGGAAAAGACUCCAACGCCAUCCUCGAGGGAUUCGGACUUAUCGUCAAGGAGACUGAGAACGUCAUCAUCCGUAACUUGGGUGUCAAGAAGGUCCUCGCUGAGAACGGCGAUGCUAUUGCCGUCAACAAGGGUAACAACGUCUGGAUCGAUCACGUCGACGUCUCCUCCGACAAGGACAACGGCAAGGACUACUACGACGGUCUGAUUGACCUGACCCACGCCGCCGACUACGUCACCGUCUCCAACUCCUUCAUCCACGACCACUACAAGGCCUCGCUGGUCGGCCACUCCAACUCCAACGCCGACGAAGACACCGGCCACCUCCGCAUCACCUACGCCAACAACUACUGGUACAACAUCAACUCGCGCGCUCCCUCGUUCCGCUUCGGUACCGGCCACAUCUACAACAGCUACUACGAGAACGCCUCCGACGGCAUCAACACCCGUCUCGGCGCCCAGCUCCUCGUCGAGAGCAACCAGUUCGUCGGAUCCAAGAAGCCCCUCUACAGCGUUGACGAUGAUGGAUACGCUGUUGCCAACGACAACGACUUCGGUGAUGGCGAGAACACCGCCCCUAAGGGUACUCUUACCUCUGUGCCUUACAAGUACGACCUCGUUGGCUCCAGCAAGGUCAAGGCUGCCGUUGUUGGCACUGCUGGUCAGACUCUUACUUUCUAA